CCCUUUUCAUGCUCUAGGACACAGAUGAAGUGGUGCCAGUUGGCCAGAGAAGAGCUUGGUGCUGGUGUAUGUGCUUUGGACUGGCAUUUAUGCUUGCAGGUGUCAUCCUGGGCGGCGCCUAUCUGUACAAAUACUUUGCUCUCCAACCAGAUGAUGUGUACUACUGUGGGAUCAAAUACAUCAAAGACGACGUCGUCCUGAGCGAGGCCUCUGCCGAAGCCCCCGCUGCUCGCUACCAAACAAUCGAGGAAAACAUUAAGAUCUUCGAAGAAGAGGAGGUCGAAUUCAUCAGUGUGCCUGUCCCAGAGUUUGCCGAUAGCGAUCCAGCCAACAUCGUUCAUGACUUUAGCAAGAAACUCACGGCCUAUUUAGAUCUUAACCUGGAUAAGUGCUAUGUUAUCCCUCUGAACACCUCCAUUGUUAUGCCACCCAGGAAUUUAUUGGAGUUACUCAUUAACAUCAAGGCUGGGACCUAUUUGCCACAGUCCUAUCUGAUUCACGAGCACAUGGUCAUCACGGAUCGCAUUGACGAUGUUGAUAGCCUGGGCUUCUUCAUUUACCGGCUGUGCCACGGCAAGGACACUUACAGGCUGCAACGGAGAGACACUAUUAGAGGUCUUCAGAAGCGCGAAGUCAGCAACUGUGUUACGAUCCGGCAUUUUGAAAGCAGAUAUGCUGUGGAAACUUUGAUUUGUUCUUAAGGCGUCAAGAACAGCAGUGUGGAGCAACAUUGAAUACAACCGCAUAACCCUGUCCUUUGUUUUUUGUGCAGUGAUUUCUUAAAAUCUUCUUUCAUGUAAGUAGAGAACAGGGCUUACUAUCUUUCAUCUCAUUCAUUCAAUUAAAACCAUUACCUUUUAAAAGUUUUUUUCCCCUUCUAAGUGUGGUGUCUUUUAUAUUUGAAUUAUUAGCCGUAGAACAUAGUACAUUUCACCCUAGAUCUUAGGUAUUAAAAAGCAUUAAACUUCCUUUAAAUCAUUUACCCAGAUUUUCUUUUUAGUUGUGUAUCUUAGAGAGAAGGUAAUCUCUAAAGUCUAAUCAUUUAUAUAUGCAUAGUGCCCCGCUGCCUAGUUGUUAGAGCAUUGGAACACACAUUUUAAUUUUCCUCUACUCAGUAUUUUCAACGUCAUAUUAACAAUUUAGAUUAUGUUUCCAACUUGAUAUUUUACUAUUCUAGGCACCUCUAAUAUUUUAGAAAAUUUUUGGAAUUUAAGACAGCUUGUGUUACUAAUUUGUGUAACCCUUAACUGUGCAAUGGAAUAUAAAUAUCACAACGUUGUUUCACUGAA